AUCUGUUUAUGGCGUCUUGUGUAAAAUAGAGAAGUUGUAAAAUAAACCGUUAAAAAUAUUUCCCUCAAACUUAUUAACUGCCGGUGCGUGUGAAAUGGGUUCCAAGAAACACAAAAAGCAUAAAUCUGAUAGAAAGGAUAGAUAUGAAGAUAAACAGUUCGGGAUAGAGAAACCGCCUGGUCUUAAGCUUAUCCUGAAGGUUGGUAGUUCGUCGACUCCUGAACACAGUAGCGAUUCUCCAGGUCCGUCAGUCCCACUGGUGCACACGAACAUCAACUACAGUGUCACUCCAACAGCUGCAGAUGACGAGUCGAGGCAUUCUGCAGCUUCCUUUCAUGGCAGGGAUGAAGCCCAUUUGGAACGACAACAUAAGAAGGCCAAGAAAAAAAAGAAAAAGAAAGAAAAGGACAAGGACAGAGAAAAGCACGAGAAGAAGCAUAAGCAUCAUCACAAGGAGAAAAGAAAAAGGAUUCGCGAUGAAUCCAGCCAGGACGACAUCAGCAUAGGCGAGGAAAGUCUGUCGGAUCCUCCGCUUUCAAAACGCAUAAUGGACGACAAUGGUGUUGUGAUUGGUGUGAAAGUAGAGCAUGGAAGCAACUCGAUGGAUGGACUGCAGUCGAAUAGUCCGGCACAAGGCCUGGCCGCCGGCCCGGGCGGGGUCCCGCGGGAGCCGCGCACGUGCGUGCUGAGGCAGCGGCAGGAGCGCACGGCGCUCCAGAAGCUGCUGGACUACCUGCUCAAGGGCCUGGAGAAGAGGGACCCCCAGCAGUUCUUCGCUUGGCCCGUCACGGACCACAUUGCGCCCGGCUACUCCCAGAUCAUCAGCCAGCCCAUGGACUUCAGUACCAUGAAGCAGAAGAUUGAUGACAACCAGUACGCCACCCUCGCCGAUUACAUUGAGGACUUCAAACUGAUGUGCAACAACGCCAUGGUCUACAACCACCCGGAGACGAUCUACUACAAGGCGGCCAAGAAGCUGCUGCACGUGGGCUUGAAGAUGAUGACCGCGGACAAGCUGAAGCCCUUGCGCUCCGUCGUCAGCUACAUGGCGGAGAUACCGCAGGACGAGCUGGGCUUCGAACUGGGCUGCGAGGAGACGGCAGCGCCCUUGGGGACCAUCAAGACGGAGCCCGGCGAGGACGGGCCCGUGGAGGGCGACGCUCUCGAGGACACGGCGGAGCUGCAACAGGAGAACAAGAGGAGGCUUCGAGAAGCCAACAAGCCACUGAGCAAGUUUGAACCAAUCCCAGAUGACUUGACCCCGGAGGAGAUACUGGAGCAGGCUCAAAGAGCAGCACAGUCGGCGGCACAGCGACUGUCCUUGAAGCGAGCUGGUGCAAAGAUGGGUUUCCUACGUCAGCGGAAGGACGGCACUACUUCGCUAGCGAUAGUGGUGCCCAACGAUGGAGUAACGCCCGGCACAAAUGAGAGACCCAUCUCUUUGGGCAUGCUGUGUGGGAAGCUGACGCAUGGCACAGGCCAGCUGCAAGGUUUCCGAGAAGAUAGGCGCAACCUUGCCAAAACAGUGAAACCGCUUUAUUAUGGAGCAUUUGGUUCAUACGCUCCAUCGUACGACUCAACAUUUGCUAACCUGACGAAGGAAGAAACUGACCUCAUUUAUCAGACCUAUGGUGACGAGACAGCAGUCAAGUAUGCAGAAAGCAUCCUGGACUUCUCCAAAGACUGCGACUACACGCUGACAAUGGUGGACAACCUGCUGGACCUGCUGACGGCCGGGGAACACCGCAAGACCAAGCACAUCCUGGAGGAGAAGAGGAAGCUGCGCGAGGAGGAGGAGCGGAUACGCCAGCUGCUGGAGGACAAGGGCUCCCCUGCCGUGCCCCCCGCGCCAGUCGACAUCGGGGCCCUCAAGUCGCUGUCCGACAUCGGCAUCGACACCUCCUUCCUCGAGUCCUUAGAGAAGGACAUGCGGAGGUCGGACGAGCAGAAAGCCGCGGAAGACGCGAUGCAGGCCGGGCUCGACCACACGUCGUCCCUGCUCCAGAAGCUGCAACAGGUCCAGAACGACCGGCUGAGCCUGCCUCCGCCCGCCCACCUGGCACACGUGCCGCAGCCCUCCGAGAACGAAGUGCAGCUGGCUGAGAAGAUCACGGAGAGCCUGAAGGACAUGGCCAAGAAGGUGCCCCCGGGGGCGAUAGCGCCGGUGUCGGCGGUGCGGAAGGCGAUGGGCGUGCAGCCGGCGGCGGCGGCGUCGCCCGCGCCGGCGGAGGCCAGCAGCGGGGAGGAGAACCCCGCGUCGGUGGCCUCGGAGGCUCCCGUGGAGGAGGUGGACGUGGAGGGCACGUCCUCGCAGGCGGAGGAGGAGCGCGAGGCAGGGCCGGAGGUGCCCGACCUGGAGUCGGAGCUGCGCGAGUUCCUGGAGAGCGAGCCGGCGCUCAGCAACUCCCCGCUGCAGGGCGACCGCACCAUCGAGGAGAUCCUCUCCGAGUCCUAGUGCACGUCCGCUCCUGCCCGGCAGUUUGUGUCGCGAGGUAGGUGUUGAAGGGUGUAUUUGUCCAAGUGCACGUUGUGUGCCUCCGUCUGCUUCUACCCCACGUGUAUGUCUGUAUCUCUGUGUGCUCGUCCAGCUUCUGUUCGAAACAUUCCUCUCACCGCAAUCUUGAUCCUUGUCUGUGUUACAGUAAAGAAGCAGACAAUGGCCCAUACCCAUUAGGUAGCAGUCAGGGGCGUCUGUGACAUACUUUUGAGUUAGACGCAGACUUACUGGAAGUGUUGCUGUUUUAAAAUAAUUUCAGGUACUUUUUUUUUCCUUUGAACUUUUGUGCUCUUACUAACUCUUGAAAAGUAGGAUAAAUAUUUUUGUAAUAUCUUUUACUGAAUAGGUGAACCAAAUCAUGUUAUUUAUCAAGGAAUUUUCAUGUGAGUUUAUUCUGAUGGCUCUCUUGCAAUUCUUGUUGGGUCAAAAAAAAUUUUAAACUAAAUUCUAAGCACUAUUUAUGAGUUUUAAAUGGUCACACAAGUGAUCAUAACCACGAACACUUUUGUGACUUACUGCCAUUAGAUAAUAUUUCGUAAAAAAAUCUUUUGAAAAAAUUUUGUGAAAGGAGAUACUGUGAAAAAGAUUUUUAAGGAAAAGCCUUCAAAUAAUAGCCAUGACAAGAAAAUUAGUUAACCAACAUGGAAUGUGAGACGGAGCCUUCAGCUUGAAAAAUGUUCAUUUUCAUGUUUAAUAGUGCAGCAUAAUGCCAAAUAAUUUGUACUGUUCAUACUGAAUGUUUUAAGAUAUGUACCAUCAUAUCAAACAUAAAAUAUACGUAGUUUAUAAAGGUUUGUUUUUCUAUCAUGUUAGAAUGUUCUUGUGCAUUUUAAUUUUUUUCUCUCUGUAAUUCAUAAUGUGUAUUUUUCCAUAAUUUAUGCUUUGGCCUUAAAACAAUAAUCAAAAAAAAUUUUAAAACCAGUAUUUGUGUACAUCUAUAUAUAGUAUUUGUAUUGUGACUGUUAAUGUGAUUUGUAUAUAAACAUGUUGUAGUUCUUUAAACAAAACUAAACCAACAUUUUUAUUUAUUUAUUUUUUAAUAGUUAGUUCAUUUACAAAUUUGAAACCAAUAAAUGUAUUAAUAAAGUGUUUUCAUAAAAUUGUA